AUGUUUCAUAAGUUGCAAAGCAAGAUACAUAACCAUGUACAACAUUCGCAAGCAUCAAACCAGUUGAAAUCAGGUAUCUAUUUCGCCAAUUGGUCAGUAUAUGCCAGGAAGUAUUUCGUUCAAGACUUACCAGCAGAACACCUUACCCAUGUUUUCUAUGCCUUUAUUGGCAUGGAUACUAGUACUGGGAAAGUCAAGUUCACUGAUGAGUGGUGUGACAUUCAAAUGCCUCUUGAUUCAAUCAAUGGCAAUGGAAAGGUUACUGGGAGUCUUCAACAGUUGUAUCAGUUGAAGCAGAGAAAUAGGAAAUUGAAAGUUAUUAUGUCUAUUGGUGGAUGGGGAACUUCCGAUAGUUUCACUGCUAUUAUGAGUGAUGCCAGCAAAGCCAGGAAUUUUGUUCUUAGUUCAAUUGCCAUGGUUAAAGAAUAUGGAUUUGAUGGAAUUGAUAUUGACUGGGAAUACCCUAGGAAUAAAACCGAGGCUAGACAAUUGGUUGAGUUGUUAUAUCAAUUAAGAGUAGAGCUUCAUUCCUUCAGUCCAUGUAUGGUGCUUACAUUUGCUGCUCCCGGAGGUGAUGAUAAUAUUCAAAUAUUAGAUUUGAAACAGAUGGAUCAGUAUUUAUCAUUUUGGAAUGUUAUGUGUUAUGACUUUAAUGGAUCUGGUUGGUCUUCCAAAACUGGUUACCAUUCCAAUUUGUUUGGUAGUAACGGAGAUAAUAACUUGAACUGUGCUGAUAUUAUAGGUAAGUAUACCAAAUCUGGUAUUCCUUCUAAUAAAUUAAUGCUAGGAAUGCCACUCUAUGCGAGAACAUUUGAAUUAUCCAACGCUUCCAAUUCAGGUAUUGGACAACCUUUCACAAGAGCUGGAGGUGAAGGAACGGCUGAUUACAAAAAGUUAGCAACUGAUAUUGAAAAGUUUGAUUCUAGAAAAGUGAGUGCCUAUUCUUAUAAUCCUUCUAAUGGAAAGUGGAGUGGGUACGAUAAUCCCCAAAGUGCCAGAAUCAAAGCCCAGUGGUCAAAGCUGAGUAACCUUGCCGGGGGGUUUUGGUGGGACUCAGCUGGUGAUGAAAUUUCUAACGAAAGAUCAUUAGUUAAAAACUACGUAGAUCAACUUGGUGGUAUUCAAAGUUUAGAUACAUCCUUAAAUCAUUUGGAUUAUCCUAGCACUUUCUUAAAACCAUUACAAUAG